AUGGUUCCCAAGAACAACGACUCCACCUCCGCCUCCGCCCCCACCACUGCGGGGGCCUCCUCGCCCGUCCCCAUCAAGAACGCUCUUAACCUCGAGGUCAAGCACGCUCCUUUCACCCACCCGGAGCUGCGUGGUGAGUUCCCCACCAAGACCUACGACCCGAUCCCCGUGCUCCCGUACGAGGACCGCGCGCUCAAGGCUGACCCGACGUUCAAGAACCUGCUGGCCGACGCAACGGUGACGCACCUGGAGCCGAAGAUCGGCACGGAGGUCUCGGGCCUGCAGCUACACGAGCUGACGGACGCUCAGAAGGACGAGCUAGCGCUGCUGGUGGCGCAGCGCGGCGUGGUGUUCUUCCGCGACCAGAAGAUCUCCAUUGAGGAGCAGUUGGCGCUGGGACGCUACUACGGCCCACUGCACGUGCAUCAGACGGUGGCGCACGCGAAGGGAAUCCCCCAAGUGCACGUCGUUGAAAACUCUCUCGAGGGCAGUGCGACGCGCAUCAAGUCGCAGGCUCUAGAGCCUGUGAAUUUGUGGCACAGUGACGUGUCCUAUGAGCGUCAGCCACCGUCGUACACGAGCUUCAAGGUGCUGACGACCCCGCCCACUGGCGGUGACACUUUGUGGGCUUCAGCGUACGAGGCGUAUGAACGUCUCACUCCUCAGUUCAAGAAGUUCGUCGAAGGCCUCACUGCCAUCCACAGUAGCAAGCACCAAGCGGAAAGCGCAAUCGCCAACGGUCAGACUCUGCGCCGGCCGAUUGUCGAGUUCGAGCACCCCGUUGUUCGCAUCCACCCCGUCACCGGUCGCAAAGCGUUGUACGUCAACGCCCAGUUCACGACACGUAUCAACACCUUGUCGGCAGCUGAGUCUGAUGCGGUCUUGCGCUUUCUACUCCGGCACAUUGCUCAGGGACAGGAGUUCCAGGUGCGCUACCACUGGACGAAGGACGCGGUGGCCAUCUGGGACAACCGCGCCACGGUUCACUACGCCACGUACGACUACCUCCCGGGCAACCGCCACGCUGUUCGUGUGACGCCGCACGGCGAGAUCCCGUACUUCGAGCACCCGGAGAAGCCGUGA